AGCAUGCCCUCUGCUUAAGGGCUUUCAUGUUCUCUGGGAAAUAAUAUUGUAUUUAGGAAAACAGAAAUAUCCGUUGCAGACUGGAAAAUGGUCGUUUCGGACCCCUGCGAUGUCAACAGCAUUAUUUUUCGAGUCAGAGGAGGUCUGGACCUGAGCUGUCGGCUGGACAGUACCGAGGAGUCCCAGGUGAGGGAGGCCCUGGCCAGAGCCUUUGAGCGCCUGCGUGCCGAGCUGACCUCCCCGUCCCUGGUCUUGGGGGUCUGUAACAGCUCCGUUUACAUCUGGCCCAACAGCAAGCUCCGCAUGACGCCGGCUGAGGUGACUGCGGACACGGCCUGCGGGGACCUCCAGCAGCUUGUCCAGGCCAAUGACAGCGAUGCUGCCAAGAGACCAGGGAAAAAGAAAGACAAGAGAAACUCAGCUGCUAGCGUCGUGAAGGUGCAGCUGCUGGCGGAGGCGACCGGGCCGGCCCGCUCUGCGGCGCCGCUGCUCCUGAGGGCCGGCAGGAAGCACCACUGGCUCCACGCCACGCUGCCUGUGGACGCCGCGGUGUCCGCGCACCCGCAGGAGACGGUUGGAGGUGUGGCAGGCCGCCUGGUGGGGGCGCUGUGCUCCCAGCUGUCGGACAUGGAGAAGUCGGCUCUGCAGUACGUGAAGGGGACGUCCCUGCGGGUCCCCCAGCCCUUCCACUUCCUGCUGCCGGAGCCUGCGGGGCUCGUCACGGUUGUGUAUCCGGCAGGGGUACCUGACAGCCGACUGGACACGGUUCGGCAGGAGUUGCACGCCAAGUUUCAGCUCCCACUGGACAGACCCUACCUGAGAAGGGCCAAUGCCUAUCACUUUCCCGACGAGCCUUACAAAGACGGCUACCUCAGGAAUCCCCAUUUAUCCCUGCCUCCGCCCAGCCUGGAAGACAGUAAGCUCUAUCUGGUCCAGGGGGUGUACAGCUAUCACCACUACAUGCAGGACCGCGUGGACGACAGUGGCUGGGGCUGUGCGUACCGCUCCCUGCAGACCAUCUGCUCCUGGUUUCAGCAGCAGGCCUACACGGACAAGGGCGUGCCCACCCACAGAGAGAUCCAGCAGGCUCUGGUAGACGUUGGGGACAAACCUGCUGCCUUUGUUGGGUCGCGGCAGUGGAUCGGGUCCAUUGAAGUCCAAGCCGUAUUAUCUCACCUGCUGGGGAUCAGCUCUAAAAUACUCUUUGUGAGCCAAGGGUCUGAAUUGGCAUCAAAAGGAAGAGAACUGGCAAAUCACUUCAGUACGGAAGGGGCGCCUGUCAUGAUUGGUGGAGGGGUGCUGGCGCACACCAUUCUGGGAGUGGCGUGGAGUGAGACCACAGGACAGAUCAAAUUCCUCAUACUGGAUCCACACUACACUGGGGCUGAAGACCUCCAGGUUAUUACUGAGAAGGGCUGGUGUGGAUGGAAAGGACCUGACUUUUGGGAUCAGAAUGCGUACUACAAUCUCUGCAUGCCUCAGAGGCCAAAGGCUAUAUAGUGUGGUGCCCACUAACUCAGGUGUUGUCAAUGCACGUGCAACAUACAUUUUUUUUUAAUAACAUCAGAAUAUACUCUGGAGUCCAAAAUAAAACAUUGAAUAACAAAA